CUCUUGCUGGGCACGGUUUUCUGAAGGUCCGAGUGACCUCGGAAGAUCAUGCUGUUCGGGGGUUUCCGGGUGAAGGAAGAGGUGAUGUUUGUGAGGGAGGAAACCAGAGGGUACUGGAGAAUCAUUCUACAGUUGGGUUUAGGUUGUCCUGCAGGGUGGCUGGUAUAGUCCGAUAUAUCAGGAUGUCUGGGAAGGAACUGCAUGCACUUGUGACUUUUUGGGUUUUGGUUUUCUGGAAACAGGUCCUUGGGCGUCAUCCCAUGCUGAGAUGCUGGGCAGGUCCUGCUCCUGGCCACCCCCUCCCUCCGCACCGUGGGGUUCUAAGGAGGGGGUCUUGGAAGGAAUGCACGUUUUCCUCCUUCCCCUGCCCGCUCCUGGGAAGGGAUUUAACAGGACAAAAGAGCCUGGUCCUCUGGGAACACGAGCUCUUGGCCCUGGUCCCCGGACCCUCUGACAGAACACCUUCCCUCAUCCGGCUUGUGAUCCUCCCCUGAGCAAGGGGGCUCCGGGGACCGGGGAAUGAUUGGAGGGGCCCACGGGGGCGAGGAGGAGGAGGCCGCUCCUCCAAGACUCGGGGGGAAAGACGGGUGGAGAGAAGGGGCGGAGAAGAGUAGAGACAGAAACAGAGACACAGGUGAGGCCCAGACAGAGGAUGGGACGGCGCUCGCGCCAAGGAAUGGGCGGUUAGGAGACAGGCAGAAGACGAGGAGAGGCGGUGGAAGGACAGGGGACACCUGCCUGUGUCUACACACACAUCGGAGCCAGGCUGGUGCACAGACAGAGGUGAGACGGCAGAAGUAGAGAGACCCACCUGGCAUCAGAGUCAGGGACAGGGCACCCCGGACGUCUUUGGUGCCUGUCGCUAGCCAUGGAAGCGGAAGGGAGGAGUCAGCAGGGAAAGCCAGAAAAGGGGCCAGUUUGCACCAGCCUCUCGCCCGAGACCUGCCUGGCGGCCGGGACUCUGCCCUCCAGGACAACGACGGGUGAGUGUGUCCCUGGGCUGGGUGAGUGUGUCUCUGGGCUGGGUGAGUGUCCCUGCAGGAGGCCGAGGCUCUGCCCGCAGGGAGCCCAGAGGGGCCGGCAGCCCUCCCGCCGCCACCGCACCAACUUCAGCCCCGGGCAGCUGGAGCAGCUGGAGUCCGCCUUCGGGAGGAACCAGUACCCCGACAUCUGGGCACGGGAGGGGCUCGCCCAGGACACCGGCCUCAGCGAGGCCAGAAUCCAGGUCUGGUUCCAGAACCGCAGAGCCAAGCAGAGGAAGCACGAGCGGUCUUUGCUCCAGCCACUGGCCCAUCUGGCUCCUGCCGCCUUCUCUGGUUUCUUACCCGAGUCCCCUGCCUGCCCCUACUCCUACACAACGCCUCCUCCACCAGUGCCCUACCUCCCUCACCCCUACAACCACGCCCUUCCCUCCCAGCCGCCCCCAGGUGGCUCUUUUGUUCUUCCACACCAGCCUGAGGACUGGUACGCCACCCUGCACCUGGCGUCCACCCGAUUUAGCUCUCGUCACCGGAUUAAUUCUUCUCCUUAA